CAAGACUUCACAAAUUUUUAAUCAGGAUUUAAAAAAAAAAUCCAGCAUGAAUUUUUUUACUAAUUUGAAGCCUCUCGAUCUCUUAGACGGCUGGAUCUAAUGGACAUCAUUAAAAUUCCUGUGUUCAUUCAUUCGUAGUCUUGUAGAAAAAAGUAAACAAACUUAUAUAUUUGGGUGAUAUUCUUCAGGGAGGUCGAAAUGAGCUGAUAACUGGCACGGCAGGCUUGAAUACUAAAUACCUGGACGUGGAGUCAAGGAUAUUAAACGGAGGGCGCUACUUACCUCUAUUUCCAGGUCGCGGGUUUAUGCAGAAGGAAAUAUAGUGCGACUCUUAUAGAAUCCAGGUCGAGGGCACUUUGGAGCUUUGGAAGGGGUGAAAUUCAUUUUAUCAGCUGAUUGUGUAUUCUGGAGGUGAAAACUGGUGCGUCUCCCUCAGAUAAUGGCGCGAUUUCCUUCCUGAUGGGUUUGCAAAUGCUUUCCAGAGCCAUUGCUUGUUCAGAGGUGGCGUGAGCUUUGGGAAGGAGGAAUCAAAGCAAGAAAGAGGCAUAAUAAAAUCGUUUUUUGAUUUUAUUUGGAACUGCAUCCACUCACUGAUUGCAACAUUGGUCUGUAGCGAAUACUCUGAACACCUUCUGCUGAUUAUCUCAGAGGUUAGGCACUACUUGUAUGCCAUUCUAUAUACAUAUUGUAAUGAAUGCCUCUUGUUAGAAACUGUAUCGAGAAGAAUUUCGAAUAAGCCCUACUCUAAUUCCUCUAUAAGCGUUGAAAUCUUCGUGAACUGUACCUAAAUCUGUGAAGUACAUUUUAUAUUUGUUAAUUGCAUAAUUUACACAAACAAAGAAUCUCAGUUUAUCAGCAAUUUUCCAUCAAAUCCUGAAAACUUCAAAAAGGGGGUUUGGAAACUUCGCAUUAUUAUGGAAAUUUCCAAAAGUGAUCAGCAAAAAAAAUAUAAUGAUUUUGUCUUCAAGAUGAGACCGCCUCUUUAGAUGGCUAUGAAAUCACCAUGACAGAAAUGAAAAUGGCUGCAGAAAACUUGAAACUGCUGUUCCAGAAGUGAAAACUACUGCACUGGAAAUUUAAAUCCCUGCUUGAUGACAAUCGGUGGUUUUGUCAUGAUUGUUGGAGUCCAGAAUUUGAAGCACAUAGUUUGAUUCUUCCACUUAAACUUCCACUCUUGGUUUCUUCUACUGCAUGAAAAGGAAUGUUCUUGAAUCUAUUUAAGGGUAUGGAGACCGUGGGUUUGAUCAUUGGAGGCUUGUGUGAGCGUUGUAGUGAUCAAAAUAAGAUAAGUUCAGUUGAUUGAGUUAUUUUGAACUUGACAGAAAGCAUAGGAGCAAUUUCUAGUUGUAUCUAUUCUUUGUAGUCGUUCUUGGCCACCAAUAACAUUGGGAUAGAUGUGCAAUUGCUGCUAGCAAGCUAGCUUUUCAUCUUUAGCAGUUUUCCAGGAUAUUUUCGGAAUUUCAUGGGGGUCCAGGUGGAGGUGUUCAAGCAUGCAUAGGUGCGACUCCAGAACUUAAAGCUAUUCUAGAAAAAGAGUUGGCUGCUUCAACGGUAGGCAAAAUGAAGAAGGCACAAAAAAAACAGAGAAUUGAAGGAGAUAUAUCUAGAUUCACAUCUGGCAUGUCUUCCUCUUCUGUGCAAUCCAAACCGGUGAGUGUAUCAAAUCAGAGUGGAACACUGAACAACUUUUGGAAACCAGUAGAGAAACAACAGGUGGAUGAUGCAGUUGCUGAUUUGUUUUACACAAGUGCUAUUCCAUUCAAUGUUGCGAGAAAUCCUCAUUUCCGUAAUGCAGUUCAGAAAAUUGCAGAGUUUGGCAAAGGGUACACACCCCCAGGUUCAGAGGCUAUCAGGACAACGCUUUUGCAGAGGUCAAAAGACAGAGUGACUGAAAAAUUAGCUGAUGUCAAAGCCACUUGGAAGGAAACAGGUUGCACUAUAUUGAGUGAUGGAUGGUCAGAUAUGUGUCAAAGGCCAUUGAUUAAUGUUUUGGUGUCUUGUCCUGAAGGUGUUGUGUUUUUGAAAGUCAUUGACACCAUGAACCACAAGAAAACUUCAGAGUAUAUUUUUCAAAUAUUAGAGGAAGCCAUUCUUGAAGUAGGGGUGGAAAAUGUGGUUCAAGUGGUAACUGAUAGUGCAACAAAUUGUGUGGGAGCUGGGAGGCUGGUUGUAGAGAAGUACCCACAGAUAUAUUGGAGCCCAUGUGCAGCCCAUUGUCUCGAUUUGUUGCUUCAUGACUUGGCUAAAUUCCCAUGGGUAAAUGAAGCUAUUCAUAGAGGGAGAGCAAUUGCAAAUUUCAUACGGAAUCAUCGUCUCACAUUGAGUAUUUAUAGGCAGCAUGCAUCAAAGGAAUUGUUGAGGCCUUGUGAAACAAGAUUUGCUUCAUAUUAUAUCACUUUGAAAAGAGUGGUUGAAGAAAAAGCAGCUUUGAGAUCUGUUAUUUGUUCCAAUCAGUGGGAAAGUUCAGUGCUUUCUAAAGGCCCUAAGGGGAAGAACAUAGAGCAAAUCAUCCUAAACAGCAAUUUCUGGGAAAGUGCAGCAAAAGUUUUGCUUGUAUGUGAACCAAUUGUUGAUGUGCUUCAUAUGGUUGAUGGUGACUCUCCUUGCCUUGGCAUGCUUUAUGAAAGCAUGGACCGGUGUAAGGAAUCUAUUCAAAAAGCACUAAAUAAUGAAGAAGCAGAAUAUAUGCAGAUAUGGGAGAUAGUUGAUUGCAGAUGGAAAAUGAUGCACACACCUUUACAUGCAGCAGCUUGCUUUUUGGAGCCUAAGUUGUUUUCUAUUGAUAGAAGGGGUGAUAAUGAAAUCAUGGUAGGGCUUUACCAAGCCAUUAGCAGGUAUGUACCAGAUCGAGAAAUUGCAGCACUAAUCAGAGAUCAAAGUUGGCAAUACAAGAGAGGAGAAGGGAUGUUUGGAGGGGCAGAAGCCAAAUAUGACUUGCCACGUAUGCCUGGAUAUAGAUGGUGGAUCGCUUAUGGAUCAUUAGCUCCCGAACUGCAAGAGUUUGUUAUUCGAAUUUUGAGUCAGGGAGCAAGUUCAUCAGCUUGUGAGAGGAACUUGAGUUGCUUUGACCACAUCCAUUCCAAAAAGAGGAACAAAUUACUGACUGGAAAGUUGGGAGAUCUUGUCUAUGUUCGCAGCAAUUUGAAAUUGCUGAUGAACAAUUCAGCAAAGAACACUUCUUUAGAACAAACUCUUGAAGGCAUAGCAAUGCCAGAUGCAGAUGAGCUUGACUUUGCAGAUGAUGAACUGAGUAGUGAUACAGAUGAUGAUGAUUUGGCAUCCCAGCCAAGUGCUCUUGAUGACUUAGAGUUAUUUUAAAGUUCUAAAGUUUUUGAUUGUUAUUGUACCUUUUUGACAAAAGAACAUCUUUGCAAUUGUGAAAGCAUAUGUUUCCUAUGGUUUA